ACACUUGUCAAAGCAAAACAAGUAAGCAAGCAAGCUAAAAAGCAAAGCAAAACAAAGCCAUAUAUGGAGACCAACAGUACUAGCACCCCUUCCUCAAACUCCACUUCAUCAGAUUUCGCCAGCUCCAUGUAUAGCUGCUCCAUUUUCCCGCCAAAGUUCACACUCCCUAACUCCCUUUCUCUAACGCCCUCCACGCUCUCCGAUGAAGACGGAGACCACCGCCAUGAGGACUGCAACACCAUGCACCGCCUCGGCCAAGCUCAGCUCGUUCUCGAGUGCGAGGAGCUUCGUGAUCACCUCCGGAAGCUUAACAACGAGGCAGACUCCCUUCGCCGCGAGAACGCUGUGCUUCGAUCUGCAAACACUGGUCUUGUCAAGCUUCUCAAGAACUUGUUCAAUGCGUCGAGUUAUGUGAACCACCCUUUCAUGGCCGAUGAGUUGAAGCCACUCGGAUUCGGCGUAUUUAGCCCUCGUGAUGGCGACGAGGCCUCCGAUAUUAGCCCCACCAGCGUCAUCAUGGAGCAAAAGCGGUUCAACGCCGACCGAUUCUCACUCCCGAAAAGCAUUUCGGUUCUCUCCUCCUCCUCCGGUUACAAUAACCAACCACCGCUGCAUGAGGGUCUUGCAAGGGUGGCGGAUCAAGAGGGGGCUAGUGGCGCAAUGCAAGUGAAGAAAGCGAAGGCAUGGUACAACCAGGGGAUGGUGAAGACGGAGCUCUGCAACAAGUGGCAGGAGAGCGGCGCGUGCCCUUAUGGAGACAACUGUCAGUUUGCUCACGGCGUUAGAGAGCUGCGUCCGGUGAUGCGGCACCCGCGUUACAAGACUCAGAUCUGCAGGAUGGUCCUCACCGGCGGCACCUGUCCCUACGGUCACCGCUGCCACUUCCGCCACUCCCUCAACGACCACCAACAUAGAUGAUCGAUGAUCAUCCAAGGCGCUGCAGACAGUUUCAUGAUCCAGUUGAUUGGUAUUAUUUAACAAGUAUUAUUCAACCACUUUUGGAUGUAACAAUUACCAGUAGGUAAUUAAUCAUCAACUGUUUAUAUAUCGUGUUGCUCGUAUAGUGUUUUUGAUUUGUUACGUCGACUUCUUUGUCACACAUCAAGCAAACUAUGUUUUUGGAGGAAUCUCAGUUGUCAAUCAUUCUAUAAUCAAUAAAGAUAAUUUGCCU